AUGAUCCCGGACAACAAUGACCGCAGUAAACCCAUGGAUUCUGGUGAAUGUCAGACAGACACUGCAAUGGACCAAAUGAUCACGUUUAACAUUGGGGGAAAGAUUUUCCAAACCAAAUCAAGCACAUUGAAUAAUGUCCGUGUUGGAUGGUUACCGACUCUGUCUAGGGCUCAUCCUGCUUACAACGCUGACACAGGAGAGUACUUUUUUGACCGAGACCCCAACUACUUCCGAUUGGUCCUGCAGUUGUAUCGGACAGGUACGUUACACGUAGAGGGUAGUCACUGUUCAAAAACUCUGCAGUCUGAAUUGUCAUUCUGGGGCCUUGAGGACAAAGAUGUCGGCGACUGCUGUUGGCGGAACGUCUGUGAAGCGAGAAAUCGGGAACAGGAGUUCCGGCAACUCAAAGAAAUGGCUGUUACAGCCUCCUUAAGACAUGAAUUGUCUAAAGAAGCCACCUGGAAAGAGCAGCUUUGGAUGUUGUUAGACAAUCCAAGAUCGUCAAUUCCAGCAAAGGUUUGGUUCCUGAUUUCUAUUGUACUCAUCCUCCUAUCGAUUUCAUGCCAUGCUAUCAACACUUUACCGUCUAUCAAGUCAGCCAUACGGGAGAAGAUUAGGAAUCCGAAAGCCGGGCUGGAAAACUGUAGUAACACGACGUCCACUCAAGACGCCGAUCGAACGCUGUUUAUUCUCAACGUCGCUGACGCCUGUUGCCUGACGUUUUUCACUAUCGACGUCGUCUUGCGGAUAGUUUCUGCCCCACAGCGCGUGUGUUUUCUCAAAUCGUUCCUGUUCAUCAGCGACCUUUUUUUCCUUAUCCCAGGAUGGAUUCUGGUUGGUCUUAUGUUCUCAGACAUGUCCGUCUGGUUACCAAAGCUCCAGGAAAGCAAAACUUUGCACCUCCUGCAAAUUGUAACGCUUGCUCGUAUUUCGCGGGUUAUACGGUUGGGCUGGUAUUCUGAUGGAUUUAGAACGCUGGUCAUUGUGCUGAAAAGGAGCAGCCGAGAGUUACUUGCCCUUGGGAACAUUUUAGUUAUCAACGUUGCCGUGUUUGGGUUUCUCGUCUACUCCGCCGAGGUGGGUACAAACAAAGACUUUAAUAACGCCUUCCAGGGUUUCUGGUGGUCUGCUAUAACCUUGACAACAGUUGGAUACGGUGAUAUUUACCCGGAAUCUCCGCUAGGCUGUGUGAUAGGUGGUGCAUGCGCAGUGUCCGGUAUAGUGACAAUUGGCCUCCUGAUACCCAUCAUUGCUAGAAACUUCCGGGUGUACUAUAGAUUUCGUAACACUUACUUCUCUUCCACGACCAACCUCAACGCAAAAAGAAAUGAUUCGGAAAAGAAAGAUCUCAGGAAUGUUUAA